AGUCCCAGCAUAAUAAGGUCCCGGAGAAGUGUCGCGGACCGGGAGUGGGACCCGGUGGCCAGUUCUCUCCGCGCCGGCGGCCUGUCCCCGCGGCUCGGCGGGCUAGGGAGGGGACAUGUUGCAGGAGGAGUCGGACCUCUCUCUCAUUAUUGCCCAGAUAGUCCAAAAGCUCAAGGGCUCCAGUUUGUACGGUCAGCUGGAACGGCAGGCCUGGGCCAGUCUUCAAAGACCUGAGAUUAAACUUGAAUCACUAAAAGAAGAUAUUAAGGAAUUCUUUAAAAUAUCAGGUUGGGAGAAGAAACUUCAGAAUGCAGUUUAUAGUGAACUGAGUGUAUUUCCUUUACCUAGUCAUCCUGCUGCACCUCCUGAACAUCUUAAAGAACCUUUGGUCUACAUGAGGAAGGCACAGGGAAGUUGGGAAAAAAGAAUUUUGAAGAGUUUAAACAGUAUGUGCACUGAACUGAGUAUCCCCUUGGCACGAAAGAGGCCAGUUGGAGAACAGAAAGAACUUCUUAAUAAAUGGAAUGAGAUGGGAACUGAUGAACCAGAUUUAAGCCUUUUCAGACCUGUUUAUGCACCUAAGGAUUUUCUUGAGGUAUUAAUUAAUCUUCGCAACCCAAAUUAUGAAAAUGGUGAUUCUCUUAGUUUCAGGACUCAUUUGGGUUUAAUCCAAGUUCCUCUGAAAGUAAAAGACAUCCCUGAAUUGUUAACAUUUUCAGAACUUUUUGAAAAUGAGCAUGUUCGUAUUGGACAAAAGGUCCUCGCAGAACAAGAUAGUGCUGCUGCCCAGCAGUACAUACGGCAAGGCAGCCCCACGGCUCUGAGAGCCGAGCUCUGGGCGCUCAUCCUCAAUAUUUCCAGCCAGCCUGAGGAUAUCUUGUAUUAUGAGCAGCUCAAGACCAAUGUGAUACAACAUGACCUUUUGGUGGACAGUCUAAUUUAUAAAGAUGUGAAGUUGACAGCAAGCAAUGAUGAUUAUUAUUUUGUAUUUGAAGAUUAUUUGUAUCAGGUAUUACUUUGUUUUUCCCGGGACACAUCUGUGCUGGACCACUUUGCAUACAACAGUGCUUCACCACCGAAGUCAUACAUAAGAGGAAAACUAGGACUGGAAGAAUAUGCUGUCUUUUACCCACCAAAUGGUGUUAUCCCUUUUCAUGGAUUUUCAAUGUACGUUGCACCACUUUGUUUUCUAUACCAUGAACCUUCCAAGUUGUAUCAGAUAUUCCGUGAGAUGUACGUGCGGUUUUUCUUCAGACUUCAUUCCAUCUCUUCUCAUCCUUCUGGUAUUGUGUCACUCUGUUUGCUGUUUGAAACUCUUCUUCAAACCUAUCUCCCCCAGCUCUUCUAUCAUCUACGAGAGAUUGGGGCUCAACCACUUCGCAUAUCAUUUAAGUGGAUGGUUCGUGCUUUCUCUGGAUACUUAGCUACAGAUCAGCUCUUGCUUCUGUGGGAUAGAAUCCUGGGAUACAACUCUCUGGAAAUUCUUGCUGUCCUGGCAGCUGCCGUGUUUGCUUUCCGAGCAGUGAACCUGAUGGAGGUGACAUCACUGGCCGCAGCUGAAGCAGUUCUUGCUGACCUUUCUACUUUAAAAGUUAUGCCUCUUCUUCAGAUUUUUCUGUUUGCUACUGUCACCUGAUCUUGUUCAAGUUCACUGACAACACAUCUAGUUUUUCAUUAGAAACUAAUCAUGAACUAUGCAAACUCUGCAUAAAACCAAAAUUAAACUUUGCAUAUAAGCCAAUAAAGAUCAUGUUCCCUCCUCAGUUAAA